CCGAUCCCCAUAAAUUUGGAGAAGCGACUCGGAGAUCAUCUAAAGCUUCCCUCUUGCGUAAUUGACAACCUCGCGUCGGUUCCUGUCAAGUCGGGCCCUUUCUGGUCCCUAUUUCAUCUUGUUCCCCCAAUGGCGCAAAUUCCCACUCCUCCUGCGUCUCGCCAUGGUUCAGAAUCACCCGAAACCGAGUACAAACAGCCUCCGGGAGUUGACUCCUCAGGCUUAUUGCGGUCGCUGGACGCUCUUCUCGAACGGUAUCUCCAUCUCUUAGAUCGUCAUCAAAAAUUACAAGCCGAACUUGCCACAACUCUAUCUUCGGGGUUUCUCUCACUCGCUCAAGCCAACUACACUUGCCCCCCAGGCCGGAGAUAUGGAGCAGACUACUACGAUGAACGUAUGAAAGCAACAAGAAGGGUGGAACUAGAACUCCCUCCAUCCUCGACCAAAGAUGUCGAGGCAUCCAGUGUGGGUGAAUCGUCCGAUGAAUUUACCAAGCGUGGCGACUAUAGUCGCAUCUUUACUAUAAAACAAGCUACAGGUGGUAGUGCAGAGGAACCCUCUGAGUGGAUUGGAGGAGAGAGCCAAUCUCACUCGAGUAAUGCGUCCACGCUGGAAUGUGAGGAUCCUGAGAGGAAGCGUGACCCUAAGGCUGGGGAUUCCACAACAUCAUCGGAUAACCCUGGGGCGCAAGAGCCGGCAGAGACAAAGCCUAGAUCUUCGGGGAAGAAGCCCCGUUCUUCCGACCCCAUUAGAUGGUACGGAAUCUUGGUGCCACCUUUUCUCCGUAGUGCUCAAAAAUCUUUCACGGAGGCUGUAGGGGGUCCCUUGCCUGAGCUGGCGAGUGUGAUAGUCGAGAUGCAGACUGUGGAAAAGGAAGUGAAACGUGUGCGCGAGAAGAUAGACCAAGCAUGAUUGUUAAUGCGUCGCAUAAUAUAUAUAUAUAGUACUAAUGUAUGCAUGUAUGUAUAUGUAUGUGUAUAUGUAUAGACCCUGGACGCUUCAAGUAAGGAAUGC